GAGCUUUUGUGUAGGUCGUAGUCGAGACGACGACGUCAAGUUGACUUAGGGUAAGCUUCUUUCGGGUACUGUGAACACUUAGCCAGGGUCACCCCCAUCCUCUGGUCGGUACUCCCGUGAGUGUGCGUGUGUGCUUUUUCCAGUUCUGUAUAAUAUACACUAUAUAGUCACUCUCGCCGUGGCCGCGUCGUCGUCUUCGUCAGUGUCUUUUUGCGUGUAACAAAACAAGUAUCUUAGUACUUACAUUACUUAUACCAUUGUACAACAAAACAACCAAGAGUGUGUGUGCACGAAUACAGAAUUACGGGCCUAUACGAACUGCAAGCAUCAAGUUAUUGUGUUGUGUUGCUGCUUAUAUAUUUAGGUAUCCUCGAAUCAGCCGUCUGGGUCUGCACUCUGCAGCUGCACAAGAGAAAGAACAGCCGUCGCGUGUGUACCUACAUAAUUGUGUAGUGCUAGUGAAAAGAGGAAGAGAAGAAACAUUUCCUAUUCUUUUAAAUAUUGUUUUCAUCACAUAUUUCUGCAUAAAAAACGCGUGUACAGACAUGAAAGUGAUGGUGAUAUAAAAGUGCUCGCUCAUGAAAAGAGGAGAAAGAGAGGUCGCCCCGGGAAUGUUGUGUGUCUACGUGUGCGUCCAAGGCUGCUGCUUCGCCUACCCCACACACGGUAUUGAGUUGAUAUAUACGUAAGCUCACAGAUAUACAGGCUGCUGCUGCUCCGAUAUACAUAUAUGUAUAUAUCUGCAACGAUAAUAUAAAAAAAAAAAAAAAAAAAGUUCAACGCCUUUUUUACUUAUUGUGCGUUUAUUCGUGUGAAAGAAAGGUUACUGACGUUUUUUACAUCUACGAUCAAAGUCGACGUUGUUGCAGAAAGACCUUCUACGUGUACCUAUGUGAUAUCCAUGCACAUAGGUAAAUAUAUAUAAACAUAGUCAAAUAGCUAUAGAGCUACGGAGAAAAGGCGAGGACGGAGCAGCGGUGCAUACUUCCGAGCUUGCCUGGCAGCUUGUCUGCUGGAUCGUUGGAUCAGUUGGAUGGUUGGUUGCGUGCAUAUGUGUUGGUUGUGGGUACAACCUAUAAUACUUAUGUAUGUAUACCUAUAUAAGUGAAGAGAUUCAGAGGGCGAUGCCUUCUCGCAGAAGAACAGCAGCAAUAGUAAUCGUAGACGAGGAGGAAGGAGGAAGAAGUACUGUCGCGGGGGGAGCAACAGCAGAAUACAAGUAGUAAAUUUUCGUUCCUCUCUCUUCUUUCAACCACCUCGUUUCCAUCCCCCCCCCCCCGUGUAUACAUUCUCUCCAGUUAUACCAAACAUUUAAACACCCCUUAAACCUAGAGUAUAUAAAAAAAAAAGAGUGAGCAAGUGCUUGCAUCGACAUUACAAACUCACACCAUCAAGAGGAUUGCUCUUUUUGUAACUUUUUUCCCUCUAUUUUGAUUUUCGUCGUUACAAAAGAAAAAACAACUCACAUAGGCAGCAGCGGGCGAGCUUUCGUUUUUUCAAUUUUUUUUUAUUUCACUCUCCAGCGAGUGCCUUCAUGUUCAACCUUUAGUGCAGUGCAGUGUUUGUAACAUACCUACACGUUAGAAAAACAUUUUUGUGUGCAUAUCAAAAAUGUUUAAUUAAUAUAAACUAAGAAGAAGAAGAGAGGACCACCAAGCUUGGAAUUCGAGUCAAACGCAUAUCACCAGGUAAUUCCGCGCAAGGAAUCCGGCUAGUCGGUGGAUUACAAAAAACGGAGCGCUUCGUGAGCAGACGCUCACCUUGCCCGCAUGCACAGUUAAUAUAAACAAAACAAAAACGGAGCGGCGCGCAUCUCUGGUGCGAGUUGACGGCAAUUAAAGGUCCGACCGACCGUACCUUGGCCCCUGUGCUCUUAUCUCUCUCCUCUCCUCUCUCAAUUUACUCAACCCUGCAACUCGCUCCAACAUCAGACAUAGAGUAUACAUGUAUUGUAUUGUGUCAUACCUUUAAGUACCAACAUAUAUCGGAGCGUUGUGAAUAAGAGGGGACGGCGCAUGAUAUUAUUAUUAUGCCUGCGUGUGCGUCCAGUGCGAAAUUAAAUAAAUACCCAGCGGGAAUCCAAGAGGUGUAGACGGAGAGAAGGAAGGAAGGAAGGAAGGAUUGUGUUGCGUGUGUACAUGUACUCUUCUCUCUUGUCGACGACAACGGCCACGACCCACGACACGAAAGAGAGAAAGCGACAUGACGAUUUCACACGGGGGGCAUAUCGAUUCGCCGUCGUGGUGGACGGGAGCAGCCAGCAGCAAUAUCAGUAGCAGCAACAGCAGCACCACGUUAUAGCAUACCUAACUACCCCUAUAGCAUCCCCUGCUCUUUAAACUACCCUCUGUGUCUGCGUGCGCGUAUACGAUACAUUAUCGGAUUAUCGCCGAUACGAGUGUGUGUGUGUGUGUGUGUGUGUAUAUAUGUAUACAAACGUAAGCAAGCCCAUGACAGAACGAUAGUAUACAUUUUGGAGCAUAGUGCAGAAGAACUAUAUACUAGUAUGUAUACUCCCGUAGAAGAGGCCCAGCACCUGCUCCUCCUCCUCUUCCUGUCUACUUUUGUAUCUCAGGGGUGGAUGCUGCGACGCUAGAGAGCUAGACAACUAAGAGGUAGCCGCGUGUCGCGCACGUGUGUGAAAAUCGGUGAAAAGCGCGAGGGAUAGAAAGUGAGUGCGAACGGGAUAAAGUGAGUACCCGCAACCGUUCCUGCGGCCUGUAUAACUCUCCGGUUAGGUAUAUACUUACCGUGUUGAUUGUAUGUACUUACAUACAUACAAGACGUAUGCGUGUUAAAAAAAGAGAAAAAGCUUGCGGAAGAAAGAAGGGACGAGAAACGGCAGCAAAAGCAGAGUAUAUAGUACAGAAGAGAAGAGCAGUAGCAGCAGCAGCGCAGUCAUGAACGUCGAUAUUUUUGGGCGAGUAGCAUCAGCGUCGGCGGCCAGCAUCAGCGAGCCAGCAGCACCACCAUCAUCGCCGCCGCCGACCUUUCUCAGAGAGGAGCUAUCUCCAAUUGUAGCCGCCUCCAGCAGGCCCACGACCACCCGUGAACGUCGGAGCGAAGGGGAGAGCUUUUGAGAGGCUGUGGCUGUGAUACAAUAUUCUACUACUACUACACCACUACUACUAGUAGUGGCCAACUAUACUACUACUACUACUACUACUACUUAACCACUAAUAUUGCCUGUCCAUAACUUCAUGCGGUUUAUUUUCCUCGAAAGAGUCGAACGUUUCCGAGAUUGGCUCUUCUCGAAGCCCAGAAGACUGAGCGUUAAGAAAUCGACUGGCAUAAGCUCCGGAUUGUUGAGCUUGCCCGUAUGCAAAUGUAGUUUUUGGAGACCAAAUAAACCUUCAGUGGAAAUAAAAGGGCAAUCCCCUAAAUUUGUAUUGAGUAAAAAAUAGACAGAAACACAUGCAAUGGAUCUCAGCACAGCCAUGAACGCGAGUGCCGGCGCACCAGCUCCCAGUAGCGGUGGCACUGGUAAUGCUAUUGGUACCAAUAACAAUAUGAACGGGGCGGUUGCUUGUCCAGUCUGCACGCUCUACCUACGCGAGGGAAUCAGCCUGCAGAACCACUUGGACACGCAUCCCAAAGAGCAGGUGAUCGAGGCGCUGAUCAGGGCAAGCAGCAGUGGUGCCGGGCCCACCACUGUUCUCGCCAGCCAGAUGUGUACACCGCCCCAGGCGCUCACCCCCCAACCUGUGCCUACGCCGCAGCCCAUGCCACCGGUCACGGGCACUCAAUCGACCUCGGGCUCGCCGAGUCCCCAUGUUCCUCACCCGACACAGCCGCCGUAUCCCAUGGGACCCAUUUACGAGUGCCCGCCCCAGAUCAACGCUAUGAUACCGCCGCCUCAGUUUGCCUCCUUCAGCUACCAGCAGUUUGUAAAUAAUGGUACGAUGAUGGUCCCAGCUCAAUAUGCGAUGGCCCAGGCGCAAGCCGCUCCUACGAGCCAAAUGAUGCAGAUGCUGUACAGCCCAUAUGGCAUGUAUCAUCAGCAGCAAAUCCCCACAGUGCAGAUGAUCUCAGCGCCUCCACCUCCGGCUGCCAUGAUGUCCACCACUGCAACCACACUUACGCAGCCACCACCUCCAGUGCCAGCGGUAGCCGCGCGCGUGAGAUCUCCUAUUGUUCCUACAACAAACAACGUCGUGGCGGCAAAUGUCAAUGAGACAGUGUCCGUGGCUAUGACGACCGCAACGACGACGUCACCUCUGCCACAGCUUCCAAGGUUGACGAUUUGCACGCCUGAGCCAAGGUCACAGGAAGAAACGCGAAUCCCAGUUGUGCCGAUGGAGCAUAAUCAGGCAGAGCCAAUGGUGAUCGAGGAAGGGGUCAAGGAACAGUGUGUCGAGCGGACGGUCGUCAACAACGAUUCAUCAAGGCCCGAGCGUAUCGCGCUUACCAAAGUGGAAGUACCUGGGAUUGAGCAAAUUCAGCGGGAGGAGGACCGGAGAAGUGACACACACGUUGAGCAUACAGAACAACAGACUCUACACAGUACUGAUCGGGUAGAACAGAGUUACGACACUGACCAGUAUCAAAGAGAGGGAACACCCACGUCAAUUAGUGAUCUCAGCAAAGAUGUUACCGAUUAUGAUAAGACUGAAAGGAUACUGGCAGAUACUGAAAUGAAAGAUAAAGUGGAGUCUUUUAUAGUGCAAGAAAGCUGUGAAGCAGAAAAUCACAAGGAUAGCGUAACAAUGGAAGAAAAUGAGUCUGUGGAAUCCGCAGAAAAUUUAGUUAGUGAAAUAGUUAAAAAUAAAGAAUUUAUAGAAAAUAAUAAGUGUGACGAAAUAAAUAUUAAGGAGUUCGCGAGCAAAACUGAUGAUGUGCUCCAAAGUGCUGACGAAAUCAUGGAACCGCAAAAUUUAAGCGCAGAUGAGUCACGAAUGUCCAUCAUCAAUAAGCCCGAAUUAGAUCAAGUAAAUCGAUUUUUAGGUAGUGUAGAAUCCGAAUUAAGCAAUAUUGAUUUAUCUAGCAAAGAAAGUAAAAACGCCAAAAAAUCUGUGGUAGAAGAACAAGAUGUUACAUUCUCAGAUCUUCUGGAAAAGCCAACCGAUGAAGACGAGACGACAAACACUUCGUACCACAAACAUAUUGGUGAAUCUAUAGAGUGCAAGAUUAUUGUUGCCCACGAAGAAUCAGAUGUAUCAUCGGUGGCCUCUUCUUCCAUACACUGCGACAUGGAGAUAAAAAAAAAUACUUCGUCGGCCUAUCAUUAUAAAUACUCGCGUUCAGCACCUACGUCGCCUGUGAGUAAAAAAAAGUUUUACCGCUCGUUAUCGCGUGCAUCGUUGCGCUCCGACUUUGACCGAUCGAACGAAAAUAUCUGCCCAUAUCCUGUGGGUUUUGAGGCAACCACGCUCCAAGAUUUCCUCAAGGACAACUAUAAUGACGAGGAUAUGGAAUUUGAGGAAAACGAGCCACAGCCCCAUCACUCCUAUCGGAAGCAGAGUAGCGACAUCAUAGAACGAGCUAGUUCGCACACAACAUUAUCCACGAGAAUAAGUGGUGUAUGUACAUUGAAAUCGUCACUCAGUGAUGAUCGAGCUGGGUCACCCGUAUCAGUACAUUCAACUUCUUCGUACUGCCAGAUGGAGGAUGAUGACGAAGACGAGGAUGACUCGGAUGCGGAUAGUUGUCAGUCAAACGACAAAGACGACGAUGACGAUGAGGAUGAAGAAGAUGACGAGGAACAUUUGUUGUUGGAAGAAGCAUCUCGACGAAUGAUGCACAGCGAGAUAAAGCGAGAAUCGGAAAUCAUGAGGAGUGAGGUCUGCAAAGCUUUGAUGCCCAACGAUUCGGCUCAUCAGCAGCAGUUGCAACAACCUGCGGAUUUCAGAUCUCAAAACCUCAUGGCUGAACAUUAUUCGUCCAGUCAGUUUCCAAUCAAUCACCAUUCAACCUCUCAUCAGCACCAACAUCAAUCCACUGCAGUUGUACGUAACGAAACUUAUCCCCUAUCAAACAGUGGCACGUCACAAAAUUUGUUGAAUUUGUCGGAAUGUGUGGACCCGACAACGAGCACAGACUCGAAAAGCUUCAACUCCAGCUCGACAAAGUCUAGCGUGCAAAAGACCUCGACGGAAUUAUUGAACAUUAGUGAAGACGCACAUGCCGGGCCGAUAAACGUUUUUGAGUUCGAUGGUCUGCAAAUACUUGUACCCAGUACGUUUAUCAGUGAAUCAUCGCAAAAGGCGGUAAGUGGCACGAGUCAACAGUCGAUGGCAAGCAGUGAAAACGGUACGGGCAAUGAUGAAGAAGUGAAGAGCGUAAACAUGAGAGCUGAUGAAACUAUGCCCGCAAGGGGAGAACUAUCUGAGCAAGAGAGUAAUGGAUGCACUGAACAGUCGGCUUGGCAGCUGUACAUGGGUCAAGAUGCUUCUCGCAUGUCCACAUCGUACGAUCUCAUGGCACGGGAAAGUUGGGAAGAAUCUGAAGGUUCGGAGCACGAAGACAACAACAGUGGUCCUUUACUGGAUAGCCGCUCUCUUGCCACUCAUUUCACCUCGAGUCUGUUCCUUGACCGUGACCGUAAGACGCCGACUCGUCAUAUCUUCAAGUGUUCCCACUGUCCUGAGGUAUUCGAGUGUCCUAAAGAACGGCGCGUGCAUAGUACAUUGGUGCACAAAGAGGCUGGGCCAUCAAGCUGCAGCAAUGAUAAUAUGGAUCAGUCUGAACUCAAAGAAAUAAAGCUCCUUGAAGGUCGUGCCAACGUCUUUGAGGAUAUCUUUGUACCCAGUGGUCUUCACAUAGCACAGCAAGCGUAUCAAAUGCACCAUCAGCAGCAUUCGCCCUUACUUCACCAAUUACAGCCUCCUCAGCAGCGUCCAAGUUGUACCAAGACUGAAUCAGACUCCAAAAUUGCGGACCCCCUUCAUUUGUCUACAGUAUCCGAAGUCACGUGCAAUAUGUGUAAUCAACGUUUUAGCAGUGAAAAGUCGUUACAAGUUCAUCAUAGACGCGUGCAUAUUGCAGAUACAGUGAAACGCAUACGCGAAAGUGCCAAGUGUCAGAUUUGUAACGAAGAAUUCAAUUCGGUCGCAAACUUCAAUCUCCACCUUAAGAUUCAUCCUCUUGAGUGCGGCCAGUGUGGCAAGUACUUUUAUCGCAAACAAAACUUCAAACUUCAUAUGAAACGUCACUUGGGUAUCAAACCAUUCCCAUGUAAUCACUGUGAUAAAGCCUUCCUUACGAAACAAAAACUUGACGAACAUACGAAUGGUCAUACUGGCAACGCCCCCGUCAAGUGCAACCUUUGCAAUGAAACCUUCCGGCGCUACUCGAAUCUCACGCAGCAUAAGAAUCGUCAUCAUCUAAAUAUCAAAAAGAAGCUGAAGGACUAUAUUUGCCACUGUGGUGAAGUUUUCCAUACGAAAAAGAAGCUAGCCUGGCACAAAGAGACACACGACGAGAAGCCCAAGGCCUGCACCUACUGCAAUGAGCGCUUCAUUCACAUGGCCAGUCUCACCCGGCACAUGCGACGUGCUCAUAAUCGGCGCUUCGUGCCCGAUGCGCAGCGCGAGAACGAAAACGUCGAGUGUCCCAUAUGUAAGUGCAUCUACCUGCGUUCCUCGCUAGCCGUGCACAUGCGCGUGCACAAUGGAGAGCGACCCUACGAGUGCCAGGUUUGCUCGAAAGCCUUCAGCACCAAGUGGAACCUACAGUUGCACAAAUGGACUCACGCUGCUCGCAGCACCAAGCCCUUCAAAUGCAACCAGUGCAGUGCCGCAUUUUACCGGCACAGUGAUUACACCGCUCACAUGAACUCUCACCGUAACGUAAGACCCUACACCUGCAACUACUGUGGUGCACAGUUUAUCAGGAAAUACAACUGUUUGCGACAUGUCAAGGAGCACGAGGAGAACAAGCAGUAUACCUGCGAAAUUUGCAGCAAAACCUUCCACAGGUCGUACUAUCUGAAAGAGCAUCUACGAGUGCACUCUGGGCAGAGACCCUAUACUUGUCACAUCUGCGGCAAGUCUAGCAGCACAAAGUCUAACCAUAAUAAGCACGUCAGGAUUCAUCACGCUCGCGAGCCUGUAAAUACUGAGAAUUAAGGAUGAUGAUCGUUUUGUUUAUUAACUACAUUUGGAGAAUCUUAUCGUAAAAUAAAUUUUUGUCAAAACACUCAUCGUUUGCAACUGCGUAAAUUACGUCGAGUCAAACUGAUAGGUUUGAAUCUUAAAAAGCUCAUCCAAUUAUUAUUGAUGGAAGAACUUGACUCCUCGUGCGCAGCACUAAUAAUAAUAUUCAAUUAUUCAAAAACUGCCCUGUUUAUCAAAUUAAGUAAAAUUUCGUAACGAUGAGUAUCUAAUUAUAUCAAAGAGGAAACGUAUUUGCAUUUUUUAAACUGCAAUGAAAUCUUGAAGAAGUAAGUAUCGCAAAGUUAAAACACUCUUACAAUCCAUUAAAAAUUUCAAGUAACUAUAAGAAAUUAACACUUUUAUAAGUAAAAAUUUUAAUGGACUGUUAGAUUGAAUUUUUAAUCAUUAGUUUGAUAGAACUUGCAACAACAUUGUUUGUGGCAAAAAAGUGCAAAUAUAGUAGGAAAGUUAAAUGUAAGAUUCAAUAAAUUAUCUACUUCAAUGGUAGAUAACCUGAUAAAAACGUAAUCUAUAACAAUUAUUUGAUUUCUCAAACAAAUGUUAAUUUAUAGAUUGCAUAAAAAAAACACUUGCCACGGUUUAAAAAAUGGUAUACAUGUUUUACGUGUUGUUAUUCCAGGGAGCCAGAACUUUGGUCGCUGUAAGCAUGUGAAGGAAACUUUCUCAAGUUUUAUAGCAUAGUGAUAUUUCAAUAUGAAAAAAAACGUAGUUCCUGUUUUAUUAAGUGAUGAUUUUUACAUAAUGAAUAAUUUAUACUCUUUGUCACAAUGAAAACACUCAUUUCAAUAUUUUUUGUACACAACAAAAAUUGAUGCCUCAAAUAAUUAUGCUUUCCUCUCAUGCUUACUACAAGGUACCAAAGCUUUCUGUAAAGAUAAGUAAAAAAAUAUUAGAAUGAAUAAAAUGGUAAUUAAAUUGAGCUGUGGCACUCAGUGCACAAAAAAGUGUAAAAUCUCGUGUAUGCGUAUGCGCGAUAAAAUAUGUGUUUGGACUGAUGAUAGAUAAAAUAAGAAAAACAAAAUCAAAACCUUUGCAUUAGCUGCUUUUUUACUUCAUUUAGGCACGACACAAAGGUACAACUAUAGAUUGAAUUCUAAUCUGAAAUUAUCCUCAUAUUAGAAAUUGUACAAAAGCUCUACACCAUGUACUUUUAUGUCCAAAAAGUAAAUUUUCCACGUAUAAAGUAUCUACUUCUAAUCUUUGUUGGACUUAUUUGCGAAUGGACGUAUGACAACAAGCGACAUUAUUUCCUUUAUUUUGUUCGCAACAUUUUUUGCAUAUACAAAUAAAUGCAAUAAAAUGGACAUUUGCCAAUUGAUAUUAAUAAAAGAAAUGGUUCACUAUCUAAUAAAGUUAAGGAAACAAAAUAUUCUGUAUGAGCUUAAAGUGAGAAAGGUUUUUUGAUAAAUGAAAGUUAUAGCUAAGUUUUUUUACAGCGUUUAUAGCCUGUUGUGUGAAAGGAAAACCGAAAAUUUUGCCACAUUAAUGGUAAGUUUUGAAAUAAAUUAUUCAAUAAUUGAAUAGAGUGACAAAAAUCAUGUUGCAAUGUUAUUUGUACAAAGGUCUGUAUUUAUCGUUAAGCAAUGUGAGACUUAUACGCAUGGGCCUACAAAAAAAUAAAAAAUUUGCUGCUGUUAGCGUUACCACGUCUCCAACUUAGUUAAUGUUAUUAUUUUAUACAUAUAUAUAUAUAUUUACUGCAAUCCUGUGUUCGGUGAUUUUUAAAAGAUAAUUCCAAUGUCAAGACUGAUCGAUGUUGGCUUUCAUCGCGAUUUUUUCUUCUCUUUAAUUUAGCUUAUUAAUUAAAAAACGUAGCUUACGCCGUGUGAAAAGCUUCAUUGCGUUGUAUAUUACUUCUAUUGAUAUUUAAUUGUUACGGUAUUAAUAUGUUGUCUCAGUCAUACAGAACGAAAACGGACAAAAGUCUGGUGGUAAAGACAAGUAGUCUUCAAAUACUUUUUAAAAGAAGUUGGAAGUUUUACUUUUUUUUAAUAAAAGUUAUAAAUCAAUUUGUUUAUUUUGUCAAGCAAAAAGCUAAUAGUGAUAAUUACUAUUGAUGUUUACAUUAUUAUUAUUAUUAGUUUGGUUAAUUAAUAUAAAUAUUAUAUUUACGUUAAGGGCAUUCAAAGCAUAAAAAAAUUGUUUCAGCAAGAAAGUUAUAGCUCACAAUGAAACCAACAUCGAAGUCCAAACGUGCAAUUUUUCAUUUAAUUAAGUAAAAAAUUGAUGCAUAAGUGUGUUUGAUAGGAAAUACAAUGCUUGUAAAUAAUUGUAAAUAUGUAUAUCGUCUCUAUUUUAUAAUAGGGUCGACAAAUGAAGUCGGCAAAUGAAAUGUCGUAAGAAACUUAAUUUGAGAAUAAAAAAAUUUAAAAAAAACUAAAAAUCUGACACUUGAAUGUAAAAUGCAAAGUGGCUGAUAAAAUAGAAUAAUUAUUACGAUUACCAUUACGAAAAAAUAAAACACAACUA